GUUAGUCCAUCCUCUCCAUUUGGCUGGCGUGCAGGACUCAUCGAUCAAUGUAGCACACCUGGGGUGUGCAUACAAUUAAAGGACUGCCAAGAAACAUUCCUGGGGGAAACGGUACAAGUGAGCACACAGACACAAGUCACACACAAGCACAAUGCAGGAGUCAGAGCCCACAGUCUGCCAGCUGCAGCCCAACAUCAUCUCAGUGCGCCUUUUCAAGAGGAAGGUUGGUGGUUUGGGCUUCCUGGUGAAGCAGAGGGUGUCCAAGCCGCCUGUCAUUGUGUCAGACUUGAUUCGUGGCGGAGCAGCAGAAGAGUGUGGCCUGGUGCAGGUGGGCGACAUAGUGCUAGCCGUCAAUAACAAACCUCUGGUAGACCUUUCAUAUGAGCGAGCGUUGGAGACUUUGAAAAAUGUGUCACCUGAGAGCCAUGCUGUGCUCAUCCUCCGAGGGCCCGAAGGGUUUACCACCCACCUGGAGACCACCCUGACCAGAGAUGGCCGCCAGCGCACGGUGAGGAUCACCCGACCUGCCUUCCCACCCUCAAAGUCCUUCGAUCAGUGGUCCCCUCUCAGUGCAUACAGCCCCGGGCAGCAGCUCAACAAGGAGCCCCAGCUGAGAGCCAUUGAAAACCUGUCCUCUCCUUCCAUCACUCAAACGCUCUUGCAGAGGGGAGGGAUGCAGGGCCAGGACGGGGGCCGCGGAGCACUCCUGUGCAACGGGCUGGAAGAAAACAAUGACCUGCUUAAGGAGAUCGAACCAGUGUUGCAUCUCAUCAAAAACAGCAAAAAGGAGAUUAACGGUGAAGGCCAGCGGAAUGCUGGGAGAAGAGAUGCAGAGAUUCAAGUGGCAUGGGACCACAGUGUGGGAAAUGAGACAUCCAUCCAGCUGGGUUCGGAUAAUGACAGACUGUUGAAAGACGUGCCAGUGGCAGACCACAAUGCUGAUAUUGACAAGUCUACAGCCCAGGGCAGGAUCUCACCCAUUAAAUCUGUGCAGAAUGGCAGCCCCUCCAAAUGCCCUCGCUUCAUAAAGAUCAAGAACUGGGAGACAGGCACUGUCUACAAUGAUGUCCUCCACCACAGCUGCAGUAAGAUGCCAAUCUGCAGUGAAAACGUCUGCAAUGGUUCUGUGAUGAUGCCAAAUCAGGGUGUUCGCAAACCAGAUGAAGUCAGAACCAAAGAGGAACUUCUUCCCCUGGCCGCUGACUUCAUUGACCAAUACUACACCUCCAUCAAAAGGCAGGUUCAGAACUGGACGAGAGUUUUUGAUGCCAGAGAUUGCACAACAGCCCAUGGAAUGUAUAACUACAUCUGUAACCAUGUCAAGUAUGCCACCAACAAAGGCAACCUUCGGUCAGCAAUCACCAUAUUUCCACAGAGAACCGAUGGCAAACAUGAUUUCAGAGUUUGGAACAAUCAGUUGAUUCGCUAUGCGGGUUACAAACAGCCUGAUGGAGGUAUUCUGGGAGACCCUGCUAAUGUUGAAUUCACAGAGAUCUGCAUGCAGCUUGGAUGGAAAGCACCAAAGGGUCGAUUUGACGUCCUUCCACUUCUGCUGCAAGCCAAUGGAAAUGACCCUGAGCUUUUUGAGAUCCCUGAAGACCUAAUUCUGGAGGUGCCUAUCAUACAUCCAAAGUUUGAGUGGUUCAAGGACCUGGAACUGAAGUGGUACAGCCUCCCAGCAGUUGCAAACAUGCUGCUAGAAAUUGGCGGUCUUGAAUUCACUGGAUGCCCCUUCAGUGGCUGGUACAUGGGCACAGAGAUUGGCGUGAGGGACUUCUGUGACAGCUCACGCUAUAACAUUCUGGAGGAGGUUGCCAACAAGAUGGGCUUAGACACCAGGAAGACAUCUUCCCUUUGGAAAGACCAGGCACUUGUGGAGAUUAAUAUUGCUGUUCUCUACAGCUUUCAGACUUGCAAAGUGACCAUAGUGGACCAUCAUUCAGCCACAGAGUCCUUCAUGAAGCACAUGGAGAACGAGUAUCGGGUGAGAGGAGGCUGCCCUGGAGACUGGGUGUGGAUUGUGCCUCCAAUGUCAGGAAGCAUUACGCCAGUUUUUCACCAAGAAAUGCUCAACUACCGUCUCACACCUUCCUUUGAGUACCAGCCUGAUCCUUGGAACACCCAUGUGUGGAAAGGAGUCAACGGGACACCCACAAAGAAAAGAGCCAUCGGAUUUAAGAAGCUUGCCAAGGCUGUGAAAUUUUCUGCAAAGCUAAUGGGGCAAGCCAUGGCCAAGAGGGUUAAAGCCACCAUACUGUUUGCAACUGAAACAGGAAAAUCACAAGACUACGCCAAAACUCUCUGUGAAAUCUUCAAGCACGCCUUUGAUGCUAAGGUCAUGUCCAUGGAUGAAUAUGAUGUGGUGGACUUGGAGCAUGAGACGCUGGUUUUAGCUGUAACCAGCACAUUUGGCAAUGGGGAUCCACCUGAAAACGGAGAGAAAUUCGGAGCUGCCUUAAUGGAAAUGCGCCACCCAACUUCCAACACAGAGGACAGAAAGAGCUACAAGGUCCGAUUCAACAGCGUGUCUUCUUACUCAGACACUCGAAAGUCCUCCAGUGAUGAACCAGAGGCCAAGAUCAAUUUUGAGAGCACAGGACCGCUUGCUAAUGUCAGGUUCUCAGUGUUUGGCCUUGGCUCCCGGGCCUACCCACACUUCUGCGCCUUUGCCCACGCUGUGGACACGCUUUUUGAAGAGCUGGGGGGUGAACGCAUCCUACGCAUGGGAGAAGGAGAUGAGCUGUGUGGCCAGGAGGAAUCAUUCAGAACAUGGGCCAAGAAAGUUUUUAAGGCUGCCUGUGAUGUGUUCUGUGUUGGUGAUGAUGUAAACAUUGAGAAGGCAAAUAACUCCUUGAUCAGCAACGACCGUAGCUGGAAGAAGAGCAAGUUCCGCCUAACGUACACAGCAGAGGCCCCUGCGCUGACAGAAGCAUUAUACAGUGUCCAGAAGAAGAAAGUAUAUGGAGCAAUGAUGAUUGAAGCUCAAAACCUACAAAGUUCAAAAUCCAAUCGCUCGACCAUAUUAGUGAGGCUCGACACAAACAACCACGACAGCCUGCGCUACAAGCCUGGUGACCAUCUGGGCAUCUUCCCUGGCAACCACGAGGACCUGGUAACAGCACUCAUAGAUAAACUGGAGGAUGCUCCGCCUGUCAAUCAAAUCGUCAAAGUGGAGUUCCUGGAGGAGAGGAACACGGCACUAGGUGUUAUAAGUAAUUGGACCAAUGAGACCCGUAUUCCUCCCUGCACUAUCAACCAAGCUUUUCAGUACUUUCUGGACAUCACCACUCCUCCGACCCCUGUGCUGCUGCAGCAGUUUGCAGCUCUGGCAACCAAUGACAAGCAGAAAAGGAAAUUAGAAAUCCUCAGUAAGGGUUUGCAGGAGUAUGAGGAAUGGAAGUGGUACAAUAACCCUACACUAGUGGAGGUGCUGGAUGAGUUCCCCUCCAUCCAGAUGCCAUCGACUCUGUUGCUCACUCAGCUUCCCCUGCUGCAACCUCGCUACUACUCCAUCAGCUCCUCUCCUGAUUUGUAUUCAGGAGAGAUUCACCUCACAGUGGCUGUGGUCUCUUAUCGUACCAGAGGUGGGCAAGGACCUAUCCAUCACGGAGUAUGUUCAUCGUGGCUCAACAGGAUAGAGAAAGGGGAAAUGGUACCGUGUUUUGUCCGAAGUGCACCAUCAUUCCAACUUCCAAGAGACAAUAAAGCACCGUGUAUCCUCGUGGGUCCAGGAACAGGCAUUGCCCCAUUCAGAAGCUUCUGGCAACAAAGACUAUACGACCUUGAGCAAAAUGGGAUUAAGUCUUGCCCCAUGAUCCUGGUGUUCGGUUGUCGACAGUCUGAGAUGGAUCACAUCUACAAGGAAGAGACUCUCCAGGCCAAGAACAGAGAAGUGUUCAAAGAGCUCUAUGCUGCGUAUUCCAGAGAACCUGGCAAACCAAAGAAAUAUGUACAAGAUGUGCUGCGUGAGCAUCUGUCUGAAACUGUGUAUCAGUGCCUGAGGAAGGAAGGAGGGCACAUCUAUGUGUGCGGGGAUGUAACAAUGGCAGGAGACGUUCUGAAGACCGUCCAGCAAAUCAUCAAGCAGCAAGGUCAAAUGAGCAUAGAAGAUGCUGGAUUCUACAUCAGCAAGCUUAGGGAUGAAAACCGAUACCAUGAGGAUAUCUUUGGAGUCACUCUGCGCACCUAUGAGGUCACCAAUCGACUUCGCUCAGAGUCCAUUGCCUACAUUGAAGAGAACAAAAAGGACUCAGAUGAGGUUUUCUGCUCAUAGGUCGAUGAAUGGAGGGCUUGCUGAACACAACCAGUCUGAAGGACACGGCAACACUGGUUAAAGAAUACUGUGCCAAUUUUUGUACUGUAAAAAAAAAAGGGGGUUUGUUUCAUUUUUUUAUACCACUUAAACAGUUCUGUUGGGCUCUGCAACUUUGUCUGUAGCAAGUUGGAAAUGUUCUGUUCUGAUAUUGUUUUUGCUUGUUGAUGAUACUUCCAAAAAUUUACAAAUUGAUCAUUAUGAUUCAUAAUGUGUGCACUUAGUGUAAUGAACUGCCUCAUUGUGAAUGCAUGACAAAGAAAUUAAUAUAAUCAAGAAAUAUAAUAUACUCUGUGUUAUUGUUGCAGUUAAAAGGCUUUUAUUGAGGUUAUAUAUUUGCAAGAAAAUGUGCACCAUUGAUUUAAAAAGAGUUGUGUAUUAAAUUUGUCAACUUUACAUUUGGGAAUGUGUAGGGACUGGUAAAUCUGCUAUAUUUUUGGGGUUUUAUUAUCAAUAAAGGCUUAAGUAGACAAAGUUAAGACAGUGAAGCAUGUACAGUCAUGUUGAGAGACAAAAAAAAAUUACAAACGAGUUUGGUGUGUUGACAAACUUAAAUUGUGAAAAUUGUGAUUUGGUCAUAGCGUCAAUGAACGCAUCUAUUAAUGUGCCACUGGGAGUUCAUCAAAAGGCAUCAGCUUCAGGCAAGUGCUCUUUAGUGGGAUGUUCAUACUGUCAUUACAUUCAUAACAUUUUUAUGUCUAAGGUGGUGCUCUCCAAACAAUGAAAUCCAAGAGCUGCUCAGUCCUAAAUUCAAACAGAAAUGUGUUUAAAAUCUUUAAAUCUUAAGAGCCUUGAACAAAUUUAAAUGUCUUUUAAAGUUGUGUGAACUAGGGUGUAAUGUAUCAAGCUUAUAAUUACGGUAAAGGCAAAUUAUUUAAAGAAGUACCCCUUUUGAAUUACAAAUGAAUAAAGUAAUGCAAAACAUGUAGGAUCAUGGCUUAAAAAUGUUGGAAUUUGUUGAAGGGUUUAAUAAAAUGCUUUAUGGAGAGGAUGUCACAAUCAAAUUUUUUUGUUUUAUGAUAUUGAUCCAAGUAAUUUAAGAUUAAGUGUAUGUUGAUUCAGUGUCUCUGAUACUUUUUAUACAGAACUGAUUUGCACACGACAUACCACAAUUACAAUAAAGUUAUCUCAAUCAAUGCAUGCAAAUUGUAGGCACUUCAGCAGCUCUGGAAGUUUAACAUGCUUGAAAACACCAACUAUAUUCCUCUUGGUAGCCUCCUUUCCUGCAUUGCUUGAAUGCGUGUGUGUGUGCGCGUGGGUGUGCAUGUGUGAAACAGCCCACACAACUUCUUACAUAAAUGUUUAUAUACUUCCAUUAUUACACGUUCACAUAUUGUGGGCAUGAUCUUUGGCAGUUUCCCAUAUAUUUACAUCUUCUUGAUUCACAAAAAUGCUGGGCAUGUAACAUAGACUGUUCAGAUCAAAAUUCAUCCAAUGUGCUGUAAGGCUAAGCAGUAAUAUCAGGCAAACCUCCAAAGUAAAAAUAUAAUGUAAUAUCUUACCAUACCAAACCAACUUUAUUUAUGAAGCACUUUAUACACCGACAGGACCAAAGUGCUAUACACAAUCACAAUAUUUAUGAUGGAUUAUUUUUUCUUUCCAGCAUAAACGGCAUCAGAGAUCAUCAUAUCCAUCCUAAAACUAUAUUUUCCGUUAUUGAAAUAGUUUGGUCAGUUACCUGUUUUGCUGUCUUUAUCAGAGAUACUGCAGCCUCCUGGAAACGUACCCCUUUUAGUUUUCUUUUUAGUGUUGCUUUACCUUACUUGCUUGCAAAAUUAGCUGAAAGAAGUUGUGAAGUGCAACAACAGUUGCAAGUAUUUGUAGAGAGGAAGAGGUAUGGAGCAUUUACCAACGUCAAAGUUUAAGCAGCUAAAAAAACAUCAGUUUUCAGGAUGGGGAGGAGUUAGUUUACUUUACAGAGCUUUACUAUAAUCAAGAGACAAGUAAGACAAGUUUGACACACUUAAUUUUGCAAGUUUUGCAAGAAUUAGUGUUUAGGUUUUGGCAUUGCAAUUUUCUAGUGAGUGCGAAAGCAAGAAGGUUGGGUUUUGUAAAAAGUCAUAGUUUAACUUUGAUCGUACUGCAACACGAGACUAGAAUAUUUAUGCAGAACUGAUAAUUUUGCACUUUACCACUAUUCCAGUGAUAAAAUACAGAUAACAUUUUGGUAAUGGUGACUGAGAUUGUUACUAAAUAGCAUGCAUAAAAGGAAUAUAAAUUUUAGAUUUUGGUUUUACUGUAGAACAGAUACUGUAGAAUCUCUGUGGAAUAGAUACACCAUACCAAGAAAAUCUGUUUCCAUAUUAUCAAACCUGAAAACUCGCCUCAUGUGAACAACUUUUAAUUUUUUACACUCUAGCUUUUGUACAGAACAAAAACUCAAAAUGUAACAUAAGAGCUUUAAAUGUGUUUUUGGGAAGAAUUCACUACUUUUUUAAGCGUGCCAAUUUGUGUUUUUAAACUUUGUGCUUAGCUAAUUGCAUUCCAGCUGUAGCAUUAUAUUUACUCAAUUAUCAGCCAGCUGAAGAGCAUUUUCCCUUGAUGCUGUUUUCUCAAGAAUUAGCUGCUUCAUAGCUAAACGUUAAGGAAAGCAAAUUAUGCUGCCCUGAUCAUAUCCGACAGCUGUCGACUUGCACAUUCAUCACCAAUGAAGCUUUUAAAGAAAAAUGCAGAAAAUGCAUUUGCAGCAUCUUUACUUGUCUGCCUCUUGCCUUACAUUACCUCUUUGCCAACAUUUGGUUCAUUCAUUCAUUCAUUCAUUCAUUCAUUCAUUCAUUCAUUCAUUCACUUGGCUUUCUGCAUGUUUUCCGGUGGUUUAAGUGAGACCCCUUUCUAAUUGCAAAAUAAACCCUGGUUGUCAGCAUGUGUAUUUGCCUGCCUACUUGUGCCCAAAAUUCAUCUCCCGUGCAUAUCUUUGAGUGGAUGUAAUCGAGCUUGAUCUCAGGUAUGGUUGUUCAUUCUUCCUGUUGUGUCUUUCAUUGUUUGUUUUAAAAACAAAACAACAAAAAAACAAAUCUCAAACAUGGACAUGGCAUUUGCACGAGCCUGCAAAUUUGAGGUUACAGAUGGUGUUUUGGUAGCAGAAAACUGCCCACGUGGAUUUUAGCGACGAUCUCAGCAGGACAGUCCAAUUGUUUUAAGUUCUAAUUAAGGCUUCUGGUCGGAGAACAGACAUCAUCCCACACUGGCUUUGGUCAGUUGCUGCUUUAGUCAGAAUUAAAUUAAAAAAAUAUUGUGCAAGUGCCAAUAAAAAAAAAAAAAUAUUUUAUGACUCACUUUGCAUUAACAUGCUUUUCCUUUAUCUUCUGAGUUCUGUGUAUUAAUUUCUGUAUCUUCUACUCAAAUUAAAGAUGGCAUGAUUAAAGGAUUUAAACUGA